CGAAAAACGCCGGCUGAUUUGUUUUUAUUUGCUUGUCUGACUUCCCAUCUCUUUGUAUUUUCGUUCAUCUACUUCUACACCAAAAAGAAAAAUUUCUUUACAGUAAGCACCCAGUUACUCUAGACGAAGAUUAUGUACGACGAUUUCGAUCGUGUCGCCGGUUUUGCGUUGCCCUCUCAUUCUGGUGAACACAAUCUGCCGGACCACUAUCGUCAGCAACGGGAAAUGGCAGCGUCUAGUUAUAAUUUAUGGAUGGCAAAGCAAAGAAAUAUGUAGUCCGGGUCUGGAAUUUGCAUUGCGUUUGUUGCAUGCCUGCGCAAUCUGUGUUGCAUGACCUGCAACAGCGCAGCCUUGUCUGUCAUCCAAAAACGCAUUUUUGCAUGCGGAUGCGUGCGACGUUUCAGAGGGCGUUGCAAAACCUUGCCAUGCUCGACGGCUGCAAGUAAGUAGACGCGUUUCGAUCACCUGUAAGUCUGCAUCUUCGCAGGUUCCCAGACCCAGACAUAUUUGCAAGUGAUAUGGUUCUGCUUACACGAGCCACGAGCAGCACGACGAGGCAGAUCUGGUCAACAUGGGCGAAGAGCAUCGACACUCAUCUUCGCGGGGAGUUGUACUAGAGCACCAACGCCGCGGGGUGUCAGGGUCCUAUCGGCAUCACGACCGCGGCGGCCCGGCACCAGCUGGCCAACAGCACGUGCGGUCUUACCGGAGUACUAGCAGCAGUUCUUCCUCUUCUACGAGUAGUUCGCAUGUUGACCACGCUCAUUCGCAGUAUGCUUAUCGUGGCGCACCACAACGGGGGCAGCAUCAUGAGUUGUACAGCAAACGGGCCGCGGCAGCAGUGGAGCCACAUCAAGCCUCCCAACCGCCGCGACAGCCGGCACUGUCCGCCCGCCAGUGCAAGAACUUGUUGCAGCGACUGCAGAUGCUUUCGAAGCUGGCCAAGAUGCACAUGGUCGGGUUGCCGGACGAUAAUUAUUUGCAAGACAGCAAGGACCCGUACGCCAAAAUUCGUGCGCAGGCGGCAAGGAUUGAGCUGGCAAAACACCGGCUGGCGAACCUAAAAGAUGCGGCGACACAGACAGAGGGCGAUUAUGGUACUGGAAGUACUUCUGGUGCCCAGGUGAAAACAAUAACUUCGUUGGCGAACGAGUCUACUGGCGCUGCUACGAAUGUAAACAGUAAGCAAGAGGCUGGUAUUGAAAAGUGUGAGAUCAAGAACUACAUGGCUCUAGUGCCGACAUCCCCCUCAUCUCCAGGAAGUACACCUUUGUCAUCUUCUGCUUCCGAUGCAGCCGCAGCCCCGAGGAGCAAACAAGACAAAAAAGCCUCCCCCAGUCGUCCGAGCGCUUGUGGCGAAAAAGUGCCAGCAGAGGAAGUAGCACCUAAAACAACGACGACGGCGACCCUUGGGCAGGACGUCGUACAGAUGCCGACAAGUGAUGUUUCUGGCGUGGCGGGCGAUGAACCUCGUCCUGGAGGUCGUGAACGAGAGAAGUCGUCUGAUGAAGGAGAUCACAGGGGUGAGGAUUCCUGCGACCAACCGAGGAAAAGGAAAGUGGUGCUCUGCAGCCCCCCGUCGAGUAAGAAUGCCUCCUCCAGCUGCACUUCAGACGCGGAAGUCACGCACGAUUUGGUGGAACAUCUGCAUGUUUCAUCUUCGCGCAUGGAUGUCCGGGAAAAAAUGAGUGACAAGCACAUGCAGGAUGUGAUUAUCGCCUCUUCCACCUUUAUUGGUUCAUCAACCGCCAACAAUAAUUACACCGCAGCCGGACCACCAGGAGCUGACCAGGGUUCUCCCCUGCCCUUUUUCCGCGACGAGGGGACAACUGUUGUGACGACUGAUGUGGACGACGAAGAUGGUGAGCAAACAUUCGACGUUCCGGGCGUUGUACAUGAAGAUGAAUCCGUCGGAGGUGCAAUUGUAGAGAUGGAGAUGAACAUUAUAAAUCAUGCUAGUGCUCGUAGUACUGUGACCCUAGUAGGUGGAACCGUUGUUGCAGAUGAAAACGACGACGCUGUUGACUCGGCAGCCGCUCGCGAGCGAGAAGGCGAGAUGCAAAAAGUGAAAGCCACCUUGUCCUCCCCUGAUAAAGCGCAAGAAGCGGAAGAGGAGAUGAACAUGAAUCCGGAGCUGAGCGAGUUCUGGCGACAGUGUGAAUCGACGUUGCAAAAGCUUGACGUGCCUACUAUUGCGAAGAAUCCGGAGCUGCGCCAGUUGCUGUGUCGGCACUUGUUCGAGAAGCACGGUAGGGAGAUGAGCUUGAGUUACUCCUCGUCGUCCUCGGCAGAAAUAAACGCGGGAGCGGCCAGCAGCAAACCUGCCUCAAAAAGCUCAACACCGGUAGGUGCACUGUCCUCUUCUGGAAGUAGUGGCGGCGUAUCUGCAGGUUUUGUCUCGGGCGCCGGCCGUUUUAUGCUGGACAAUUUUGCCGCCGCGCCCGCCACCGAAUUUGACAGAUUUUUCGAAGAAUCAAGUACUUGAAUUGUCGUACUAGACACGCUUGGUUUAUGCGCUUUUUGCAGCACAAAUCUUUUCGGCUGCCUUGUAUCUAUUCGCACGAUGAUGCUUUUUUUUGCCGCACCUAAAACCAAGGAUUUUGCAAGUGCUGCAUUAGAGGGGCCCACACGAUGGACGUUGUCGAUUUCAAACUCUGGUAGCGCGGGGGAUGAUUGUAGUGCAUACGCUUGUCUUCGAAAGAGUGCGAGUUGAGCUCCUCCAGCACGUUGAUACUGUCGGCGCCGCCCGCAUAUCCAAGGAAAAAACCGUUUCUCUGUCGUGAACUUAUGAUGCAGAGGAGGCAAGGCGAAAUCAGGCAAGAAAAGGGAUUCGCAUUCAUCUUUUCUCUGUUAGAAAGAAAGUUAGUGCCACGACACAUGCUUGAUUUUCUGUGUCAUGUGAAACAAACUUGCCAUGUCUUGCCAGUCCUGCAAAAUCAAGAUCACACUGGAACGCUUUUUCUUUCGUUCGAUACCGCAGCUAGUGUGGGUAAUAUUUCGCUUGCAGGAAAAAGUAGAGAUGAAGUAGAUCCAACCGCCAGUGGGUUUGACCUAGAACUUCUUCAAGCGAAGAGCAACAGGAAAAGGGAGAAUAAAUUCGUCGUGGGCCGUUUCGAUCAGGAAAAUAAGCUAAAUCCGAGCGUCGACGAAGAUUUCACACUCUCGGAAGACGAAGAUGAUGAAAUUAGGGACAAGCAAGCAGACGAGCCGCGCUCAACGGACCACCACGACGAAAAGGUAAAAGUAAAAGUAUAUGAUGAAUAAUACCGAUACCCGCAUGGAUCAUGUAAGAACGUUGACACGGCUGCAGAGCGAGCGCGAUGCAUAUUUCUACGUUCUGUUUCUGUCUUGUUGUAUACGUUUUCUUUUUUUUGUGAAACAAAACAGGAACCACUAGAGCGCCCGCGCGAGGCGGAGGCAGCGCCGGAAACCGAGCUACCGAAGGCUGUUGUCACUUUCCCAAUAGCAACGACGACAAGAUCGCAGCGCCAGCGUGAAGGGGGACUAGAGGACGGGCAAGAAUUCCGGUUCGCGCCGGACCUGCUGCAGAUGCACCUGAGUAAGACCAGUAAGAGCAGCACCAGCAGCAGCAGCAGCAGCUCCGCUAGCAGUUCUGCUUUCUCACCGGAUAGCGAAAUGGUUGUACCAGCAGACGUCGUUGCAAGGCAGGGAGAAAGCGGCGAGGAGCGGCGAGGUGGAACACCAAGUAACGCGCCGGACCGCCCGGUAGAUGAUUUUCCUUUUGCCGCCCCUGGUACCUCUUCUUUGUCGAAAAGCACGAACCGCACACUGAGCCCACAAGCACCCGGAGAUUUGAUUACCUCGGGUUGUGAGCGACCUGAUGGCGAAGAUGGACAGGAGGAAGACCACAGCGUCGCGCGCCCAGGUCAACCUCCGCCGAAAAAGAAAAUCCUGUCCGUCAGCAGACGCGUUGCGGGAGUCUCGUAUUGCGUGCAAAAGCAUCGAGUUUUCAAUCUGCAUGGUACCACUUGUUGUAGAGAGUGGACAAGAUAAAAGGAUGAAAGUUGACGAAAAGGUUUGCGUGAACUUCUACAGCAGCAGUGGCUUUUCUCUUGCGUAAGCGUAGGCACUUCAUCUUCUACAGUAUACGUUUUUGUUUUACAUUUCGAGGUUGCUUGUUGUAUAUCUAAUAUGCACCUUGUAUUCAUCGCGGUUGCGGUAGUACGAAUAUCGGAUGCGGUACUUUUGCAGGGGAUAGAGUGAUCGCGCCAUCAACAACGGCAGGGGGCAGUGGGACCACGACGGACCGCGAUCAUUCGAAUAAUUACGCAACAAGUCAAUAUGGGCAUGGUCAUGGUCGGAGCUCCGGAUUGCCGGCUACUUCCAGCAGUAGACGACGCACCUUGAGCAGAAACAAGUACAACGGACAACCUUCCCACGUCGAAGUGGGUCGAGAUCCUGUUUUGUUCAUAGAAGCAGCUAGUACAACAUCUACAUCAAAACACCCCGCCAGCACAACUGGUGCAACACCAAGCGCGAUCUCCGCGAGCGCUCGGGGCUCGGGGUCGGACCGUCGCAGGAGUGCGCGGGGGGACCGGACUGGUCGGGGUCGACUAAAACAAGCAGUGGCGACGGUGAGCAACCAGCACCUUCUCGCAGAGGCGUCGCCGCAGAGUGGUACUACUAAUGUCGGAUCGUCGUGGUCGCAGCAGCUGUCUUCAAGUCAGUCCCGUGGAUCGUCCAAUCACCACAAUUUUCAACCGAGCGGUCGGCGAAGGACGCAGUCCAUGGGGCGCGACGAUGCGAAAGACGUCCAGAAGCCGGGCGAAGUUCAAAUACAGCGAAGCAGCUACGAGGUCGAGGUUGAUCCUGCCAACGGCGCGACUGCGAAUCCAGGGAAUAAGAGUAGCAAGUCAUCUUCUUCUGUUCUGUCCAACAACAAGACCACCGCCACGCGUGCAUCCACUGCGUCAAGCAAGCAACCUAGCGCGUCGAAUCUCGCUUCCGCUCGAGGUUCGGGUAGACGGAGCACUGUGGGCGCAGGCGGUGCUGCAGCUGCGGGGGCUACAGAUCAAAAUUAUGGUCAGCACGGAAGUUCAAGUUCAUCGUCUGCGGAACUUUUUCAUCACGGGGAAACUACAAAACAACACCCUCUGCAUCACGGCGCCACAAAGAUUCCUCCACCGCCGACGAGCGCCACGAAUCCCCGAGCGUCGAAUAACAAGCAGUAUAGCUCCGUCCCCUACCCGACGGCGGCCCACAACAAUCCACUUGCCGGCGGUGCUGCUCGGGGGGAGCGUGAUCGUGAACGUAAUUAUUCGAAUCGCGGUGAUGCGACCCUGUAUGCCCAUGACGCAGGAGAGGGUCCUAGUGGGAGUCCUGAUAACAGGACCAAUCAUGCGAAAGAACGCGUCAGCGUCCUGGUCAAUCCGCCCCCGGGCGACAGAGAGCAGUGCGGUUCAUUCUUGCAAGGAAGCAGUACUCCGGUUUCCGAAGCUGCGCCGAACAGGAACUUGCACUCUUCCAAGUCCGCACGGCAGUUGAGUCGAGGGACGAGUCCGCGAGAAGGAACUUCGGGAACAUGUUCUGCUUCGAGCAGCAGCACCACGAACUUGCUUUCAUCAAGUAGCAUAAACAACUACAUGAAAGCGGGUUCCUCUGUUUCGUCGACCGCUGUCCCCGGAGGUCGCAGAACGUCGCUCGGGGGCCAUGAUAGAGUCGGAUCUUCAGGCUAUCACGCUGCCCCGGGUACUACAGCACCGGCAUCCGAACGGCAGCACAGCGACGCGUUCUUACCUCGGGGCAGGCGUCGCCCCUCGGCAUCCCGUAGCCCACGGGAGAAGUUGGAGCACCGCAAGCCGCGCGACAAAAAUAAGAUGUCGGCUUCAUCAUCAUCUGGUAAACCCGGAACAAGUACUAGUAGCUCCGCUCCAUCUGGGACAACAACUACGAUGCGAGGACAAACUGACGGCCUGAAUAAAGUAGAUUUUCGCGGAAAAACUAACACGCGCCGCGACGAGGACGAAUUCCAGUCGGAGCACGGUAUGAAUACGGUCACAACUACUAGUCCGCGACGAAACAUCAGCAAUUUCAGUGACCACAAGAUUGUGAUGCCCAUCAAGAUGGUCGAGGUUCAGGAGCGUGAGCGGGUUCCUGACGUCUUCGAGUUGGUCCAGAACAGCGCCAGGCAGACACCCACGCCCGCGGGUGGAGGUUCUGGUGCGGGCAACUCUGCAGCGCUCUUACGGGCGGACGUGGAUCUUCACAAGGAGGUUGACGUCGAAGUCGUGCCCGCGGAGGCGAAUGAAAAUUCGUCGCCGCGACGAGAACCUGCUCCCGGUUUGGACGUGGAGCAUCAAGCAGAGGCUUUGUCUCCUGUUGAGGCUGACUCAGUAGCUUCAGGCUAUCCAAUCGCACCGGACGACCGCGAGAACAGAACACAAUAUCGCCGUGGUGGUCAACAACAUCAACAAGAAGUCUUAACCACGCCGCCGCAACCUGCCGGAAAUUAUAACUCUAUCGAGUUGAAGGAGAGCAUUAUCCUUGCCACACCAGAGCGGCCGGGGCCGAGCUCGUCUGCAGCGGGUGUAGUUGGGCGGGGUAAGAGGAGAUGUUGUUGUUCAUACGUUUCUUGUAUAAUCAUGAAACUUGUGCUCGAGCUUGUAAUGGUAAGGUAAGGUAUUUGGAUGAUGUGCAUCUCUGGAACUACUGCGUCAGCAAGUUCAUUUUACAAGAAAUUUGUCAAAAUCAACAUGGCAGGCCAGCCAAACGGCGCUUCUGCCACGGGCAGCAACACCAUCGCGGCUCCGCCACCGUCAAGCUCUUCUGCUGUCGCGCCGUCGAGGAAAGCAAAAACCGCCGCGGCGACUCCGGAACCACCACGACACGGGAAUCAUUUUCAGUACAGGUUUGCUGUGCAGUGCUUAAUACUUUGUGACGAACAUGAUCAACCACAGAGCGAAAGUCAUACUGUCGGAGCUUUUGCUUUUCAUCUUUCAACUUGGUUCGAGGUGGAAGUGCAUGCUUCGAAACCACCUUCUACUCUCCAAAUAAACCAGGAUUUCCACUGGAGCAUUCAGCGGAACACCCAGCGGGCAACUGAAUAGUCCCGGCAGUGCGCUUAUGCAGUGAAAAAAGUAUCGUGCCAGAACUAGUAGGAAUCGCUCAUUCAAGAAAUUUGUGCAUGCUCAACGCUGCUUUUGUAUACUAGAAGUGGUACGAUGCUUUUGCACAGGAUAGCGGUGAUGGAAUUUUACCAAGGCGGGACAGGAACGAGACCGACGACCAAUGCCUCGUCUCUGUUACGAAUCCAGCAGCCGAAGGUUUUGCCGACAACAAGGGUAUAAAUGGCGUGGCUUGAGCGUUUUGUCGAGCGUAUGAUACUUAGUACUAUCGAACAGGAGUCGUCUUUAUUGUGCUGGUCCUUAGUACUGGAGUCGUCUUUAUUGUGCUGGUCCUAAAAAUAAAGAGACCGGUACGCGCUGAGGCCUAGAUUUGUAAUCACGAUGCUACGACGAGGGUUAGUAUUUUUGUGUCGAGCAUACCAUCGGGGAAAGCAGGGGGCCCCCGCCUCCCGCCCUCUCGCCCGCUGGGUAUCCCGCCUCCGCAGGGGGCCCCCGCCCUUCCGCCUCCGCAGGGGGCCCCCGCCCUUCUUCCGGCCGGGCCGCCCGCGGGAGGCCGGAGGGGGCCCCCGUCCUUCUCCGCGGUAAGUCCCUCCCGCGCGCAGGGGGCCCCCGGCCUCUACCAGCGGUGCCCAAGGGGGCCCCCCGCCUUUCUCUCCCGCGCGCAGGGGGCCCCCGGCCUCUACCAGCGGUGCCCAAGGGGCCCCCCACCUUUUUCACCUACCCGCGGGGGGCCUCCGUGUUGGUCGGGGUCCGCCGCCUUCUUUUCUCACUCGCAUGCAAGGCCUCCUGUCGCGUACAUCGCUCCGCGCCCACAACAGGGGAAACGCAGCGGGGGCCCGCCGCGCAGUCGGCCCCGCUGCCGCAGGCAGCGAGCUCGCCCUGGUGUCCGGCCGUCCCAAGCGGCAGCACAUUCAUGGGGCCCGUGCGGCUGAAGUGAACCAGUAGCGCCGCCUAGGCCUCUUCGCGGGGUCAACCGCAAAUACGCGGCCGGAGUGAGCCAGUAGUCCCGCCUAGGAGGCCUCUGCGCGGGGUCAGCCACAAGUACGCGGCUGGAGCAGGGCAGACGUACGCAAAGGCCCGCGAAUAACGCCUGAACACAGGGCGACGGCUACGUGGGACGGCGGGCACAGAGUUGGGCAUGUUGACGCGCUGUGUGCGGCCGCCGACGUGGAAGUGCUGCCCGCGCGUGCCGAGGUGAUCGGCCUGCGCGAGCGGGGGGCCUCUGCAAGAAUUAGGGGCAACAGCCGUAAUGGGCUGUGACUAGUGUGCGCGUUGGUUAGGAAGACCGCUUGACUUUUGUUUUCGUGGAAUACGCCUGUUCGUUGUGUGGUUGUCAAUACGCCAGAGCGACAACUUUCGGGGCCGCGAGUUGUCGCUCUGGCGUAUCGUUGUCGUUUUGGCGUAUUGACAACCACACAACGAACAGUAUGUAUAUGGCGUACUACAGUGACAACCACAAGAACCCGAGAGACAUUCCGCGCGACAGGCAAAGACCAGCAGUGCGGUGGGGAAUACUGCCCGCAUGCGCCGCCGCACGCACUACGCGCGCGGGAGAAUAUUGACCCCAAGCGCUGGCGCAACCAUUUGUCAGGGCACGCAGUGCGCUGAGCAGUCGGCGCCGUGCUGGUAGGACGUGCGGACCCUGACCCGCGUCGGCGAGGGCCGCCACGGUAAAAGUAGACACGCGCGCGGGCGAUAAGCGGAAACACUGCCCACAUGCGCCGCGGUGCGGGUCGCGAUUCCCCAGCGUGGCGGUCGCGACCGACAAACCACGGAAACCGACUCCGGUCGAAAGCCGGCGCGUACCAUCGCGAUUCGAGAUAAAAUCGCAGCGCUUGUUCCGAUUUGUGUCACGGCGAGACACAUCGUAAAAAAAAGGCCGUGCCGUCGUGAUUCGGCUGCGCGACUUGUGCGAAAUAUCGCGGAAAACCAGGACAAAGCAACUCCGCAAACAGGGCCCGUAGCAGCGCGAUUCGCGACACAAGUGCUAGGCUUUUGCGCGAUUUUUUGCACGGUGCAAAAACUCGCGCAAAAGAGGCCCUACCAUCGCGAUUAGCAUAGCAAACAAAGCAACUUUUGCACGAUUUUCACUAGUUUCGCGACAAAUCCCGGGAUUCGGGAAAUCCCGGGAUUCCGGAAAGACGUUAGUAAAAGACAAAAGCAAAAACCAGAAGACCUUGAACGGCCAACCCGCAUGGUAUGGUGCGCGUAGGCUACUGAAAUCCUUAUAGUUUCGCAGUGUAACAAAAGCCGUUCGCGUUCCACGAGGGCACCGCGCCCGGGUAUAUGCGCAAGGUUUGACCCCAAUCACAAUGGUAGUGCAAAUAAUUCUAGGCCUCAGCGCGUACCGUUCUGGAAUCAAAAUGCGUUCUCGUGUUCAAGAAGCCAUCACACCUCAGAUCCCUCGGAUGCAGUUGGACUACAAUUUUAGUGGAGCUUCUGCAGCCGCAAGCGGCAACCUGCCGUUCCGCUCCAUGGUCGGCGUCCAGCAUCUUCCUGGGUCGCCGGUGACCGCCGGCGGGCCGCUUAUGGGGUCGUCCACCGGUGGUCAACAACACCAGUUUGCGGUAAACAAGCCCUCGUAUCAAGCGCGAAGUCUCUCGCCUCCGGCGCCCAUGGUCGGUGGCACAACCCUCGUGUUUCCCCCAGCAGCAGCCGGCGGGCAGAACGGGAAGUCUGGGGGAAAUGGCGUUGGAGCAGCAGCAGUUCCCUCUCCUGGUACGGCAACGAAUGUUCAAUUCGAGGAACCCGCAGCAGGGGGAAGUCAGCAAAUAGGUACAGAAACUACGGGCAUCAAAUAAGUUUCAAAGAAAUUCAAAUUCUUAGAAGCAAAAAAAUAAUUUAGUCUUUGCUCCUCUUUUCGAAGACGCACUGACUUCGUCGUGAGUAGCAGAGAAUGAUGGUGACAUAUCAGGUAGCGCCGCCAACAAUCUUCCCUCGGCAGCAGCUGCAUCGGCAAACGCCAGCUUUUUUCCGGCAACGACCACGACUGGUGUGAUGAAAUUUCAUCCCCUGAGCAGCCAAGUGUCGCCGCGGCUCUUUGAUUUGCAAACCCGAGCUGCUGGAGGUGUUCCUCUGGCUACAAACAGCCGCAACCGGAGCGGCGGGAAACCGGCGCUGCAAAAUUUCGAUUUUCAAUCCCACGGGAAAUCUCAAGUUCCGUCGCCGGGAGGUGUGUAAGUGGCAGCAAAGUAAAAGGUGCGGGGCAGCAUCUUUGGGGACAAGUUUUGACUCUCUCAAGAAAACAUGCUAGAUUUUUGGCGUAGAUUUUAUCCAUUGUCGAGAUUCACCGAAAAGAUGAAGAAGCGGUUUGGGUCUCUUCAAAUCAGAAGGCUCUACUGCUGCAUGUGCAGCAUCGUGAACAAAUCCAGGUUAGUCUUGCAAAAAAUUUUUCAAUAAGAUAAUUUAGCCUGCCC